AUGUUCGGGCUGUGGCGCACCUUCACCCGCGUGGUCUUCUACCUCAGCCUGGCCGUGGGCCUCGGCGGGCUGCUGGGCAACGGCCUGCUGCUCUGGCACCUGGGCCUGCACAUCCGGAAGGGCCCCCUCGCCGUCUACGCGCUGCACCUGGCGGCCGCCGACUUCCUCUUCCUGGGCGGCCAGGUGGCCUUCUCGGCGGCGGAGGCCGCGCUGGGCGCGCCGGACUCCCUGUACUUCGUGGUCGUCUUCCUGGCCUUCGCCGCGGGGCUCUGGCUGCUGGCGGCCUUCAGCCUGGAGCUGUGCGUGGCCGAGGUCUUCCCCGCCUGCCGCGCGGGCUGGCGGCCGCGGCACACGUCGGGCGUGGUGUGCGGGCUGCUGUGGGCGCUGACCCCGCCCGCCGUGCUGCUGCCCGCCGACGCCUGCGGCCUGCUGCGGGGGGGCGCGCGCCUGGGGGCCUGCGUGCGGCUCCACGCGGCCGGCAUCGCCUGGCUGCUGGCGGCGGCCUGCGGGGCCUGCGGCGCCGGCCUCGUCCUCUUCCUCUGGGUGGCCUGCUGCUCGCCGCGCCCGCGGCCCCGCUUCUACGGCGCCGUGCUGGGCUCGGCGCUGCUGCUCGCCUUCUGCGGGCUGCCCUUCGUCCUCUACUGGAGCCUGCGGCCCCUGCUCCGCUUCCUGCUGCCCCCCUUCCCGCCGCUGGCCACCCUCCUGGCCUGCGUCCACGCCAGCGCCAGGCCGCUGCUCUACUUCACGGCCGGCCGGCAGCCGGGGACGCGCCAGCCGCUGCGGGCCGUGCUGCAGAGGGCCCUGGGGGACGGCGCCCCGCGGGGGCCCGGGGGGCUGGCCCUGCCCAUGGCCACCGUGUAG